AACAUUGUACCCGUUCGAGUUAAUAUACCACAGUUGAAGGGGAUCUGGGUCUCACGAGCAACCCGACCGCCCCCCUCUAUCGAUGAAAAGAGAGUCGACAUCGACGACUCGCCACCGGCGGUGCAACAGCGUUACAGCGCGGCCGUGGAGGGGCAGCUGCCGGUUAGCGGUCGGUGAUCGUUGAGGAGGCAUACACAUUCGGAAACCAUUCCUUUGCCCUCUCUCCUGCUCCGUUGUUUUUGGGUGCACCCGGUGUCCCGCUUGUUUCCGCCUCGCAGGGUUGGUGAUGGUCUGCCUCGGGUUCGGAGUGGUGACCAACUCUCCGCUGAGGAUGCUCUUGGCCGCCUUGCUCGCUUUGGUGCUCGACAAGAAGGUGGACAAGGAGGAGAGUCUUCUCGUGGCUCUGCAUGGAGAGGCGUACGAGAGCUAUCGCGAGGCGGUGGCCAAGUUUGUGCCCCGGUUCUACUAACAAACUUUUAUUUUGCGUUAAAAAAAUGUUCGGUGUAGACUGACUUGUUUGAUUUCUUGGCGGGGCGGCGGCGGGGGGGGGGGGCUGAGCUAUCUUGUCGCGAUAAGAUUGAUGGCUUG